UUUAUAUUUGCUGAUCAAGGCUUCGAUGUAUGGCUAGGUAAUAUGCGUGGAAACGUCUAUUCUAGGGAGCAUAUAUCUUCAAGCAGUGAAUCGAACGACUUUUGGAAAUUUAGUUGGGAAGAAAUGGCCGAAUACGAUCUUCCAGCAAUGAUCGAUUACGUUCUUAAUGAAACCGAGCAGACAUCGCUUUAUUAUGUUGGUCAUUCUCAAGGAACUUUGACAAUGCUAGCGAAACUUAGCAAGGACCAAGAGUUUGCGAAGAAGGUAUGA